GGAUUUUGACCCAGCGACGGUGAAGGAACGGUGAUAUAUUUCCAAGUCAGAAUGGCCAAUUGAAGGAACUUGACAUCAUUUCAAAAUGGCAGGAAUCAUCGGUCUCAAAAUUGAGUCUUAGAACCACUGGAAGAAAACCCCUGAUAUUUAGUCCAGCAAGCUUGCUCGAGUUGCCCAGGACCCCCCAAUGGAGUCCGGCUACUACUCCGAGAUGGAGAACCUGGGCUCAGCAUCUCUCUGCAUCUCGGAGCCUCUCGGCUCUUACAGUGAAGGGUUGGCCCAGAGAAACAGGCCGGUGAAGGGCAGACCCAGCAGCUCCGGCCGGAGGAAGCGGGAGUUCAUCUCUGACGAGAAGAAAGACGCCAGCUACUGGGAGAAGAGACGCAAGAACAACGAAGCCGCCAAGAGGUCGCGGGAGAAGAGGAGGAUCAGCGACAUGGUCUUGGAGAAUCGAGUCCUGGCACUCAAUGAGGAAAAUGUCAGGCUGAAAUCAGAACUGUUGGCCUUGAAGCUGAGGUUUGGGCUGAUAACCACUGCUGCGUACACAGAGAAGAGCCGACAGUUGGCAGGGACCUCAGUGAGCUCUUAUUACAGCAGCUUUUCAAACACUUCCAGCGUGCUCCUCAACUCUGAUUCUUCGGAGGCUGAGCACUCGAGCCGAGGGGGUGGAUUCACGCCAAUGAGCAAGUAUUCACCCCGGGGCUCUCUCUCCGACAUUUCUGAUGGAUUAUCGAGCACUGGGGACAGCCCAGAGCCAGUGAUUCACGGGGAUGUCAAGCAAGAUGACAACUUGGUGGACAGGGACCUGAUGAAGGACAUCAAGGAGGUUGUGAGUGUGCGGGUCACCUACGAGGGAGGCGAGGCAGCAUCUUUGCUAAGGAGUUGUGAUGACAUUGAAUUCAUAAAUUAUAAGGAGCCAGUGAAGUAUAACCUUGUGCCCAGGGACAUUAUUCAGUACAGGGCACAAGGGUAUGGAGAAGAUGUUCAAACUCAUUCUGCCCAACGAGAGGACUUUCAUCCUACUUCUGCUGUGCCUCAACAUAGCCAGGCAGCCCUUAUGAGCCACGGAUUAGGUUACGCACAGUUAGUGAGACACACCAUCUCGGCAAAGCCGCUCACUGUCAGGGAGCUACAUGAUCCGCCUUCCUUGAUUGGUUUUACUCAGCAGUAUUCUCGUGAGCUUUCAGACACCGAGGCACAGAAGCUACAAGGCCACCUAUUGCCGAAAGAGUCUGUUAUUGAGAUUUCUAAGAAGCCUCCUACCGAGCAUUCAGCCAAAGGGCCAUUCGGUGUGUUGGAAGGUGCACAUUCCCUGCAUUCCACCAGCAAGGAUGGGGAGCUUGUAGAAUCUGAUUCCCAAUGUCCUGACAGCAAGUUCCCUCAAUGCUCCACCUCCCACAAUUCUCAGACUGGGAAGCAAGAGCCAUUGGAAUGCCCCUUCACCCCAUGUUCGGUUAUUGAGGUGCCACGAGUGUCUGAUCAAGGCGCUAUCACACACUCCAAUAUUACCACGGAUAAGGUAUCAGACUGUACCCUUUCUGAAGGUUCAGAUAGUGAUAGUCAAGAGAAAGUUGACGGUUUGGGCUAUGACACACUCGUGCACUCUGGCACACACCAGGAGGUCAGAAGAACAGCCCUUCCACAUAAACUGCGCCUGAAAGUAAGAGCAAUGCUAGCCAAUGAGCAGCAAGUCUAUGGCCAAGACCAUUCCCAGCAAGUUAGUGACCCAGGACUUGCCCUGCAGAAACACAAUAGUUUCCAUCAAAAUUCCACCUUUGAUGGUUGUAUCAUGAAGAAUUACAUUUCGGUCACUGAUGAGGGUGAACUCUGGAGAAAAUCAGGGCUUCUAGAUAUUAAAACAUUGCAGUGUCAGCCAGGAGGAUUAAAUAACUUACAGGGGCAUGUUCCCAAUGGGACCAAUAGCCACCAGAACUACCAAAAUACAUCAACCAGCUCAAGCCUCCACGCUGUAAAAGCAGCAUACUUCAAGGCUUUUGAGCGGAAUACUGUGCAAUCACCCGAGAAACUGUCCCUUCACAAGAGGAACCAUUUAGUCAGUCCCACAGAAGGAUGAGAGAAAGAUGGAGAAACACAGUUGUAAAGAUGUAAACGGUGGACAGUAGUUAGUCUGAAUGGCCGAAACUAUUUAAUGACAAGGGUGCUCUCCUCCUUGUUGAAUACCAGCACAGUGAUGUUAGAAGACUGGCAAACAGGCAUAGGUCAACACUGGAAUUGUCAGGUGGGACAUUGUGUCCAGAUCCUUCAAUGUUUCAGGGACUGGUCCAAGUUGAUCAGAUUAUAUGGACGCAAUUAAGUUCAAAUAAGCUUGUCCUGAGAUUAAGGUAAGCAAGUCUCGCCAGCCAAUAGACCAGUGGCAACCUGGAUUCUCCUGGUCUAUCUGAAUAGAUCUAGAACCAAAACCAAUCAAUGUCUGUGUGACGAGGGCUCAAAUCCAUGAUUUUCUGUUCUGACAACCAACAGCCCCAUGCUAUUUUAACCCAUCUCUCGCUGCUAUAUGGCAGCUUGGCUCUGUUGGUUGCACUCUUGUCGAUGAAUUGGAAAGUUGUAGCAAUUUAUUACAUGUCAUUUCGGUGAGUAGAAGUGAUUAGUGAAACAAGCCUCUUCAUGGAGCCACUGUGAAAUGGUUGCUUUUGCAUCCGGAUCACCAUUUGAUCUGUGUGAGCUUCAGUCUCUAGCUGGUUUCAGGUGGUGGCAGCCUGGAAUGCAUUAACAUUCUUCCACCUUUGCUCCCAGUAUUGGAAGCUCAGCUGAUACAGGACACAAGGUGGGACCAAUGUGGCUUUUAAAAAAAAAGGGCUGGAAACACUCAGUAGGUUAGGCAGCACCUGUCGUGUGAGACAGAAAGAGAGAGAGAGAGAGAGAGAGAGACGUGAGUUACUAUUCCAGGUCAGUGGCCUUUGGUCAGGAGUUCUCCAGCCCCCAAGCUACAAACACAGGUUGGAAGCUCCACUGGGUCUUUGCUAUUUCCUGCAUCCUAUAACCUUUGACCACUGAGCACAGGCUCAUCCAAAUAGUUCUGGGAUUGUCCUACUUGUAGUAUCGUAGAAUCGCAGAAUCGUUACAGCACUCGCCGAGGAGAUUUGGCCUAUCGUGUCUGUGCUGGCACUUUGCAAGAUCAACGCACCUAGUCCCAAUCCCCUGCCUUUUCCCCAUAGCCCUGCAAAUCUUUUCUCUUCAGAUAAUUAUGCGAUUGCCUUUUGAAAGCUACAAUUGAAUCUGCCUCCACCACACUCUUUAGCAGUACAUUCCAGAUCCUAACCACUCAAUGUGUGAAAAAAUAUUUUUCCUCCUGUCACCAUUGUUUCCUUUGCUAAUCGCUUUAAAUGGGUGUCCUCUGGUUCUUGAUCCUUCCACCAAUGGGACGCAGUUUCUCCCCAUUUACUCUGCCCAGACCGCUUCAUGCUUUUGAACACCUCUAUUAAAUCUCCUCUCAACCUUCUCUUCUCCAGGGAGAACAGCCCCAGCUUCUCUAAUCUAUCCACGUAGCUGAACAUCCUCAUCCCAGGAACCAUUCUUUUGAAUCUUUUCUUCACUCUCUCUAAAGCCUUCACAUGCUUCAUUAAAUGUGAUGCCCAGAGCUCUUCACAAUACUCCAGUUAAAGCCGAACCAAUGUUUUGUACAGGUUUUCUUAACUUCCUUGCUUUACUAUUUCGUACUCACCACCCAAAACAUGGUUCACUUGGGAGACUCUUGUCUCCCCAGUCCUCAAAGCUGAAAGGUCAGAAUUUGGACCCACUGCUCUACCCACUUUUGGUGCCCCUUCACAAAACACAUUAGUUCAACUUCCUUUAGGUCAAACUGCAGCAGCAAAAAAAUGCCAAAGGUUUUGCUGUGCGGACUCAAAAAUGUCAUAAUGUCAGAAUAUGACUUGGAGUUUUACACUAGAGUGAGUGAUGCAUGAUCAUCGAUGUGCUGGUGACCUGAUAUCACAGCAUCAGAGAACAGGAGCCAUUGGCCAAGAGUUUCCACCUUGAGUGCAAAUUGUGGUCAAAUUGCAGAAGUUCUCAGAAAUGUUUUUUGCUGCUCAAUUUCUCGCUCAAGUGCAUUUGCACAUUGCUAAAUGUAAAACUACCCCAUGACCCAUUGCAAUCAGGCAGUGUUUUAGAAUCUAACUAAUCAGCGUUAAAAACAAGUCCUUGGUAUAUUUGAGUGUUAACUUGGUACAAUUUGAUUAAUAUGGCUGAAAAUGGGUUUAAUCACAAAAUUUAUGCACUUUUAAUCAGAGUGUGGAGUCGAACAUAUGUGAGAAACCCAAUUUUAAACAACUGAAAAUGACUUUUAAAAAAUCUAUACAGAAUCAUGUACUAGUUUCGUUGGUGUUGAGUAUUCAGUUUCUUAGGAAAUUUUUAAAAAAGCUUUUAAAAGAAAUAUGGGGGACAUAGAAACUUAGGACUUAGGAGCAGCAGUAAGCUAUUCAGCACUCCAAGCCUACCCCACCAUUCGAAAAGAUCAUGGUUGAUCUGAUUGUGCUCUCAACUCCACUUUUCUGUCUGCCCCCAAAACUUAUGACUAUCAAAAAUCUAUCUAACUCUGCCUUGAAUAAAUUCAGCAACCCAGCCUCCACCACUUUCUGGGGAAGAGAAUUUCACAGAAUAACAACCUUCUAAGAGAAAAAAAUUCUCCUCAUCACCAUCUUAAACGGGGGACCCCUUAUUUAUAAACGGUAUCCCCUAGUCCUAGUCUCCCCCAGAAGAGGAGAUGUCCUCCCUGUAUCCACCCCAUCAAGUCCUCUCAGGAUCUAAUAUGUUUCGAUAAUUUCACCUCUCAUUCUUCUAAAUUCCAAUGGCUAUGGGCCCAACCUGUUCAACUUUUCCUCAUAAGAUGACUUAUUCCCGGG